ACAGCUGAUCCGGUGAAGCUGUGCUGUGCUGUCUGCUGCUGCUGCUUUCAUUGCAAAGGAAUGUCGCUGCUAUUUGUCUGUGGAGAUGGAGGGCUGACGGACGACCCGAGGAGGACAUGUCACGACUCCAGCGCCCGAUCUUAUUAAAUUACUAUACCUUAGACAAACAUGAUGGUUGUUACAUCUACUCCUGAUUGUCCAGACGCUGACCAUCUAUAAGUGCUGCUGAAAUCCAACUUUUAGAAAUUCACUAUUGUUUUUGGACACUAUGCACUCCUAAUCUGUAGUGCAAUCUAGAUACUGGACUGCACUUUUUAUCUUUAGUUUGAUAAAUUAUCAAGUGAUUUCCACUCUUCUUUCGGAUAUUUGAAGUGAACACUUGUGAAGAUGUUUUCGGCAUUGAAGAAGCUGGUGGGGUCAGAGCCCGGGCAGCUCAGGGACAAGAAUAUACCAGCGGGUCUUCAGUCCAUGAACCAAAGUUUGCAAAGACGAUUCGCAAAAGGAGUGCAAUACAAUAUGAAAAUUGUGAUUCGAGGUGACAGAAACACUGGCAAAAGUACUUUAUGGCAUCGACUACAAGGGAAGAAGUUUGUGGAGGAGUAUAUUCCCACACAGGAGAUCCAAGCCACCAGUAUACAUUGGAAUUAUAAAACUACUGAUGAUGUGGUCAAAGUCGAGGUGUGGGAUGUUGUCGACAAAGGCCAAAAAUACCCUCUUCCUGAAGGAAAAGGCAAAAAGCGUGGAGAUAACUUGAAACUGGAGAAUGAGCCGCAGGAGUCUGAUGAGGUGGCCCUGGAUGCCGAGUUCCUGGAUGUGUAUAAGAACUGUAAUGGUGUGAUCAUGAUGUUUGACAUCACCAAGCAGUGGACUUUUAACUACAUCAUGAGGGAGCUUCCCAAAGUCCCGACCCAUGUACCAGUGUGUGUCCUGGGGAACCACAGAGACAUGGGUGAGCACCGGGUCAUCCUGCCGGACGAUAUACGGGAACUUAUCGCUGGACUGAACAGACCCAUGGGAGCGUCUUACAUUCACUACGCUGAAUCAUCCAUGAAAAAUGGCUUCGGUCUGAAAUACCUCCACCGUUUUUUCAACAUCCCCUUUCUCCAACUGCAGAGAGAAACACUGUUAAGACAACUUGAGACCAACCAACUGGACAUGGACGCCACACUAGAGGAGCUGGGUGUUCAACAGGAGACUGAGGACCAAAACUAUGAAAUCUUCCUUGAGAACCUGGAGACCCGCAGUAAAGGCUACGGCUCCCCUGGCCCGGCCAACGGUCAGUCCCCCUCCUCGGGCUCUCAGUCGCCCAUCGUUCCUCCCAGCGGCGCAUCCACGGGCAGCUCCAGCCCCAGCACCCCUCAGCAGCCCCCUCUACCCCCGCAGGUGCUGCCCCAGUCCCCCAGUGUCCCAGCCCCCUCUGCCUCUGCCCCUCCAGUCCCGCCUGCUCCUGCGGCUGCGGUCAGUGGAGUAGCCUCUCCGUCCAUGGAGGCCAAACUACAGGCCCAGUCUCCAGAGCACUUACAGGGCUCUGCUGCAGCUGCACCCCAGAAACGAAGCUUCAUCUCACGCUGGUUCGGCUCGUCUCCUGUCCCUGAAAACACCUCUCCAGCUCCAGAGGAACCUUCUGCCCCAGUGGGUCCCGAUAAGGUCCAAAGCGUAGACGAUUUUGUCCCAGAUGAGAGACUGGACAAGAGCUUCCUGGAGGACAGCCUGCCCUCCAAAAACAAGGUCCCACAGCCCGCUCCUACCACAGCCGUGGACAGUGACAGUGAUGGUGAGAGAGGAAACCCUAUGGUUUCGGGCUUCCAGGACGAGUUGGACCCGGAUGAUUCAGUGCCCAGUCUGCCCCAGCCACGGAGCCUGCCCUCGGCUAAAGAUAUCACCCUGAGCAGUGACGACGAGGACGUCACCAAAGCACCCACCAUCACAGCAGAUCAGGACCUGGACAGUGAACCGGAGCUCAAGAAGCCUCAGAUCCUAAACACCAAACCAAAGGGCUCGUCUAAUGCACCAGAGCCUACACCUUCGAGCGGACCCCCCAUCUCCCUUACCCUGACCCCCGCCCCGGAACAGACGUCCCAACAGCCCAGUAAAAAGAAGAGCAGUGCAAACAAACCCGACUCGGACUCAGACGCAGAGGCACCUGUUGCACAGCAGAUGCUCUCCUUUGUCAUGGACGACCCCGACUUCGACUCCGAAGCAUCAGACACUCCAAAAGUAACCAAGGAGGUAUUUCCGGUGCGUGACGAGCUUCUAUCUGACCUGUCUGAUGAAGAGGUGCAGCAGGUGAAGGAGCCCUUGAAGCCCACAGUGCUGUCCUUCAAACACAAAGACCACACGGACUUGUUUGGACUGGGCUUCACCGAGGAGCCUCCAGCCGCCAAAGACAGCAGCGAUGAGCAGGAAGAAAAAGAAACCAAACACUCUUCCAAAGAAAAGAAGAAAAAGAAGAAGAAAAGCAAAGAGGAGGAUGAGAAAAGCAAGAAGAAACACAAACAUAAGAAAAAAGAGAAGGAUGAAUCUGGAGCCGGUGACGAAAAGGACAAGAAGAAAAAGAAGUCCCGGAGUAAGAAAUCUGAAGUGGACGAGCUUGAGGACUUUCUGGGCGGCGGAACGGGGGCCGCCAAACACGAUGACGGAGACUAUGAGGAGCUUUAAAACCAGCUUCUUUCUAAAAAUGAUCAUGGGAGGCCUCUUGGAUCCAUGGAUUAUGACUGGUAUGUGCGCAUCUCCAAGCCAUACGCAAUACGCAAAAGGCCGCCAACUCAACAUCCAGGUAACAGACUGCGACCAGGACUGGGUCUGUGUGCUUUUUGACUACAUUUCUCAUCAUGCACUACUGUCACUUCCAUCACGACCAAUAAGAGGUGAAGAGGAGGCCCAAAUGUACUGUAGAGAGACUGAAGUUUAAGUUUGGAGAAGCCGCAAGCCCCUUCUAAACUGCUUUUUCUUUUUUUUCUUUUUUUAAUAAUGGUUGUACCUAUAUUGGUAUUGAUAUCGUAACACUUUUUGGCUAAAGUACAAGUCAUUAAUGUGCAUUUUUCUAUAAUCUAUGACACACAUUUUUACUGUGUCGUGUAAGUCAAUGCAAUACAGCUAGAUUUGAAAUAUCAAUAUUCAGGCCACAAUACUUAAACCAAUUUUUUUCAUGUAAAAAAAAUGUAAAUCGAUUGGAUAAUCAGGUACCAAAACGCAUAAUUUGUAUAUUUUGAGAGAUUUCUUUUAUUUAAAGACAUUUUACCUGAUUGUUACUGUCUUAAAAAUGUGUAAAUUUUAACAGUUUGUAGCAGUCUUAGCUUAUUCCUUGCUUACCUUAUGCAUUCCAAGCAUCCUAAUUAUUCACCACGAUGAGUUUAUAAGUGCUUUUCACAACUUUCAUAGACCAGAGCAGGUUUGCCAUCACAUAAUGUUAACGGCUCUUCCGGAAGAAUCACGAGGUGUUCCCAGCUGUGGAAAGGGAAGUCUGGGCAUCCCUGCUUAGACUGCUGACUGUGUGACCCGGCCUUGGAUAAACCGGAAGAAAACUGGUGGAUGGAGUAAUGCUAACGAUAACUAGCAUGCUAAUGGCGCAUUUCCUGGUUCAUGGAAGAUAAAACAUUUUAUAAUUAGAUGCAGACAGUACACAGUGGUCUCAUUUUGACCCAAAGAGCUUAUUUACUGGGGCAUCACAAAUUUUACUUUAUUACAUGAUCAAAAUUGGGUACCCCUUUAACUACCACAUUUUUUAGGUUGGAAUACAUUAUUACAUAACAAUGUGCUAUUAGAACAUUACACUGCAUCUGUUAUUUUUUGUACUACCAUUACGCAUAUUAACCACAUCAUUUCCAUACUGCAUAGAAAAAGUCUCUAUAAAUAAUAUAUUUACGACUAAUAUGGCAGAAUUGUUAGCACAGAGGUUGUUGGUUCAAUGCCCAAGCCAGACAUUGUAAGCAUGCACUCCAUUCAAGAGCUUUAUGUUAAGGUACAUUUUAAGUUUACAAAUUCCUUCUAAAAGCGUUUUAAAAGGGGCGCUGGAUCGGCGGUUGUUUUAUUUGAUCCACUCCUGUGAGCUGCUGUAAAUAUACGGUUACAUUUAGUCUGAAUGUCGUGUGGUGAGAGCAUGCACAAAGUGAUGACUGAAUCCUAUGUGUUGUUAUUUUUCCUUUAUUUAAAUGGUCAAUGGCA